AUGACUGUCCUCCCUGUGCCCAAGCGAUCAAGGCCUGAUCUGUUCUACGUAGGCACGACGAUUCUCACAGUCCCGCCACACGUGCACGCCCUCUCCACUCCUUCCCUGCCCGCGUACUGUUCCCGCUGUUCCGCUGCACGAGAGCUGAAAAGGUGUACCAAGUGCAGAGCCGUGUGGUACUGCAGUGCUUCAUGUCAAAAUGCGGACUGGUCUCUGCAUAAACGCGAAUGCCCAUCUCUCAUACGAUGGGCUUCCUCUGCCCCGUCGUCAUUACCCAUACCGAGCGAUGCCAUCCGGUGUUUAGGCAGGACACUCUGGGAAAUCGAGGCGAACGGGCUGACCAGCAUAUUCACACGUGAGAUUGCAUCCAUGCAGUCUAACCGGCCACCGCCUACAGCAGCCACCCAGACCGAGACCCACGCCCACCUCGCUCAUGCACUGGUCCGCUACCUCGGGGUCUCCUCCCCGGAAGAGUUAACGAAGUACGGCGUGCAAGGCGUCGGCGGGCUAGUCGACCUGGUAGCACGGUUCACGACAAACGCGAUUACCCUCACUACGCCCUCCCUCUCGCCCAUCGGCGUUAUCAUCUCCCCGCUUGCGGCGCUGUUCAACCACUCAUGUGCGCCGAACGCCGUCAUUGUCUUCCCCACGCACGGCUCUUCCUCAGUCAACAUACGAGUCGUAACCCUGCGGGACUUACACCCAGGUGAAGAGGUUCUGACGGCGUACGUGGAUACGACGCUCCCACGGAGGGAGAGGCAGCAAGCGCUCAGGGAGACGUAUAAUUUCACUUGCACUUGCGAAUUAUGUGUCUCAGAGGAGAAGGAGGGAGGGGAGGUAGACCCGCGAGAGGCGGUCUUGUGUCCCCGCGCCGGGUGCGGCGGAGUAUGGCGAGUCCCUGAACAAGGACCAAGCGACGACGACAUGGAGGUUGACUCCUCAGUUGCCAAUGGCAGCCAAGCCGCGGCCCAAGUGACGAGCAGAUGCACAAAGUGCAAGCACCUUAUCAAUCCAGUAAAGCUACAUGAAGUGAGCGACGCCGUCAGACUCGGCCUCGAAGGCUACGGCGAGGCUGUGAGAGUGCAAAACGAAGAUCCAGCGCGCGCGUACAAGUUGACGAAGAACCUCGCUCCGCUGCUAGCAGGUGCGGGCCUCGCGCCGUCAUCUCACCCGCUGCUCGGGCUGCUACGACUGUACCAGCAGUUCGAGUUGGACAGACUCGGGCAAGCCCUAAACGAGAUCGGGGGAGGACGGUCAUCCGAGAGCAAUGUAGAGGAACUGAGAACACCGGGGGCAGAGAAAACCCUGGGUGAGGAAGAGAAAGCGCACGCGAAGGAGGCGCAGGAGAUCCUGGACGACGUGGUCCGAACGCAAGCACGCAUUGUCCGCGGCUUGAGCGACAUCCUGGUCGAGGGCCACCCCGUGCGGGCAGUCGCCCUCGCUGAGCUCGGGAAAGCUCUCAGCGUGGACGAACCGUGGCCGGAGGUCCCGCCCUCCCCCACUACAGGCUCCUUCCCGCCUCACCUCGCGCCGCGGCUGCAGCUAGCGCUCCAAACGCUCCUGCGGUCAAAGCGAGAGCUUGAGAUUGGUUUCGGUGGGGAUGGAGGCGAAGUCGGGAGAGAUGUGGGGGAGAUGAUGAGGAGGGUCGAGGGUGAGCUUAGCGUGUGGAGGGAAGGAGUGCGGAGUGGUGGUGGGAGGUGA